AAGCGGCUGAAAGGAAUAUUGUCAGUCAGAGCCGGCAGAUCGCGUUCAAGACAGCAGUGCUUGCCGAACCUGCCGGCAGGGGUUAGGGCAAGGCUGCUCGAGCGACAAGUGAUUUCGGGGCAGUGUUGGCGCACAGAGGCUUGGCAUUUAACUUCAACAUGAGAGAGCCGCGCUUCAGGGAUAACUUCUGGAGUACAGACAUAACCAGCGCCAUUGGAUAUGAUAAUCUGAUCCAGCACAUGAACGAUGGGCGAAAAACAUGUAAAGAGUUAGAGGAGUUUAUUAAACAGAGGGCUUCCAUCGAGGAGAAAUACGGGAAGGAUUUGGUGUCAUUAUCAAAGAAAGUGUGUGGACAGAAUGAACUGAAUACAUUGAAGAGAGCGUUUGAUGUAUUUAAGCAACAGAUGGAGAAUGUGGGACUGUUGCAUAUCCAGCUGGCAGGCAGCUUACGGGAAGAGAUGAAAAAACUGGAGGAAUUCCGGGAAAAGCAAAAAGAUCAGAGGAAAAAGAUCGAACAUUGUAUGGAAAAUUUGCACAAGCAGAAGACAGCAUUCUUCAAGAAAACUGUGGAUUCCAAGAAGACUUACGAGCAAAAAUGUAAAGAAAAGGAUGAGGUUGAACAGAUGCUGAAUCGAAUUUCUGGGAUCAGCAAUUCCAAACAGCAAGAGAAAUUGCAGACAAAGGCAAACCAGAGUAAACAUAGUGCUGAAGAUGCCGAUCGAUUGUACCAACAUAAUGUUUCCACUCUGGAGAAGAUCCAGGAAGAAUGGCAAACUGAGCACAUCAAGACCUGUGAGUUUCUUGAGAUGCAGGACUGCGAGCGAAUACAUACCAUGCGUAAUGCCAUGUGGGUACAUGCCAAUCAGCUCUCCCAGGAGUGCGUGGCCAGUGAUGAGAUGUAUGAAGAAAUACGAAAGGUGCUGGAACAGUGUAACAUACAGAAAGACCUUGAAUUCUUCAUAGACUUGAAAAGGACUGGUGACACUCCACCAGCCUCCAUUCCAUAUGAGAAUUACUACACUGGGCAGAGAGGGCCACCUCCGAACCGGGCUCCAGUCAACCCAAGACGUAUGCCUCCGCCAAGUCCUGACAAUUCAGCAUAUGAGCCACAAUAUGCUACAGUUGGAGAAAAUGAUUACAGAUUUAUUCGGCACCACUAGCAGUAUUGGAGAUCUCGAAGAUCAGAUCUCGGCAGCAAAAAUACCAAUGGAUGCUCGGCAAAGUUAGGGCAGUGGACAGUCUCUUCAUCAAGGAAUGGAAGAUCGUUUGAAGACUGUAGCUUACCUGUUUAAGGAAUACAGCUGUUGCUGCCAGGA